AUGUCCGCGACCGAGGACUCCUUUAGCCCGCCUUCUCCCCUAUCCCAAGCCGAGUCCCAGUCCCAGUCCCAGUCCCAUUCUCCAUCUGCGGCUUCCUACUUCUCCUAUCCUGUCAGUCAUGUCGUCUCAGGCCUCUACAGACGCCUCACAGAGCCAACACCCUCACGGCACCCCGCCUCGAAACAGCCCUCUUUAGAUCCCAUGAGCGUAUCCGAAGUCUACAACCCUCCACACCGCACCUCCUCCCCGUUUCAGCCUCCGCCGCUCACUCCUUUAACUCUUACUGCAGCUGGAAGCCCGGCCCGCCUCCUCCUCACACGCUCCUUAGCGGAGGAAAUCCGGCUGCUCGUCCCCCCUCGUUUGCAGCUGCUGGAUACUUGGCAGCUGGCUUAUAGCCUGGAUAGAGAUGGGUCGAGCUUGUUGACGCUAUAUGAUAAGUGUAAAUAUUUUGGGAGCAGGAGUCAGAGGGCGGGGUAUGUGCUCGUGGUGAAGGAUUCGUCAGCCGCCGGCUUGGGUGGUGUACGGAGUCCUGGGGCCAGCGGAGGAAAUGUGUUUGGCGCGUAUCUCACAGACCCCCCACACCCCGCUUCGCAUUACUAUGGGACUGGGGAAUGUUUUCUUUGGCGGGCUAGUGUGCUGCAUCCUGUGCCAUUCAGACAAGAGCGUACCACGAAUACUACCACAAACGAUUCCGGACGUGAGGCGAUGACUACCAGUGCGGGUAGCAGGGCAGUGGGACAACCGCCGUUGAUUGAAAUAAAUAAUGACCUACUGGAACUGGUGGGUUUACCGUUACCUCCCAGUGCGGAUACAACACACGUCCGCGGUAGGAGUACAACGCUGAGAGGUGAGGAACAGAGUAAUGAUGAUGAUACAAAUUAUAACGGCGGUACCUUCUCCAAGCUCUAUGAGAGCCCAUCACGCAUUGGCGAUGGUCCAGAUAGCACCGCCAAUACUACGAAGAGGAGGGAUGGGGAUGGCAGCCGCAGCGGAUAUGGGGGACAUCUCUCACCGACCCAGCGGAGUGCGUCUCAUGAUGAUACCAAUGAUAGGGGCAAUGGCAGCUUUGGUGAUGGUGGUCAAGAUUCGUCGACUAACCUUUCAGCAGGUGCUAGCCGAAGCGGAAGUGGAACCACCACACCGGAGCGGAUACGGUUCAAGGCGUUCCCCUAUAGUGGGGUUAAUGAUUAUAUGAUUCUAUGCGAAACGGGGUUUUUGAGUGUUGGGGGCGGGGAUGGCCACUAUGGGCUUUGGCUCGACGACUCUUUUGAGAAGGGUGUCAGCGACACAUGUCCGACUUUUGGCAACGAGCCACUAAGCGAUGAAGGAACGAAAUUUGACAUUUUGGGCGUUGAAAUUUGGUAUAUCGGAUCAUAG